GUGCUCCGGCCUGUGGGGGCGCUGUGUGCGGAGGGAGUGAGAGAGGCCGCAUUGAGCGGGCAUCAGGCAGAGGCCGCGGGUCAGGCCGGCGCAGGCGAGCGAUCUGUCGCUGACAAACCUCUUACUGAAGCUGAGUGUCCAGAUCUCUGCUCCACUGUUGGCAAUUCCCCACGAGUGAGAUGGGGAAGAGUUGUAAAGUGGUGGUGUGUGGGCUGGCAUCAGUCGGGAAAACCGCCAUUUUGGAACAGGUUCUGUACGGAAACCAUAUUGUUGGUUCUGAGACCAAUGAAACCCUGGAAGACAUUUAUGUUGGUUCCAUAGAGACAGACCGUGGUGUCCGGGAACAGGUCCGCUUUUAUGACACCAAAGGCCUGAAAGAAGGCACCGAGCUUCCCAAGCACUACUAUUCCUUUGCUGAUGGGUUUGUGCUGGUGUACAGCAUCGACAGUUGGGAAUCCUAUAAACGGGUCGAAGCCCUCAAAAAGGAAAUCGACAGGUCGCGUGACAAGAAAGAGGUGACCAUUGUAGUUCUGGGGAACAAGUGUGACCUCCCGGAUGGGCGACGUGUGGACCAUGAAGCUGUUCAGCAGUGGGCAAAGACGGAGAAGGUCAGACUCUGGGAGGUGUCUGUGGCAGAGCGCAAGUCCCUGAUCGAGCCUUUCGUCCACCUAGCCAGCAAGAUGACACAGCCUCAGAGCAAGUCCACCUUUCCCCUCAGCCGGAAAAAGGGGAGUGGCUCUAUUGACUCUUGAUUGCAGAUGCAGAGAUGGCAUUGAAGAGCAUUAUUUCACUGCAUUCCUGCAAACUACAUAUCUAUGAAGAGCUAUACUUAUUUAUGUUGUUAAUGUUCUUUCUUCUAUUGAGUAUUAUCAAAGCAAGAUCUUAAAAUACGAUUGGAUUAGGUUUGAAAUGCACUGUCUGGUAUUGUGCAAAUUCACGUUAUAAAGUAGCGGAGAUUCUGUAAGAAUGAAUCAAACAUGAGUUAUUGUACUAACUGGCAUGGCAUAGAGAUUUGGCUUCCUCAUUUAACAUUGGCACUCCGGCAUUAAAAGCUGGAAAUAGGUCUUUGAUCUGAAACAUAAUUGUUUCUUUUUCCAUAUAUGCUGCCUGUGAGUUUCCAGUAUUUUCUCUCAGUUCAGAUUUUCAGCAUCUACAGUGUUUUGUCUUUGUUAUUUUCAGGAAUCUGGGGUGGGGCAGGAAAAUUGAAUAUUCAUUACAAAUAAAGAUGCUAGGAACUACAGUA